AGGAAACAGCUGAAAAGCACUUCUAAGUAUAUUUAUCAGACUCUGUUUGUGAAUGGGGAGAACAGCGAUGUCAAAAUUUGUGCUCUGGGAGAGGAGUGGAACUUGCAUAAGAUCUAUUUGUGCCAGUCAGGCUACUUUUCCAGUAUGUUCAGUGGAGCUUGGAAAGAAUCUAGCAUGAACAUCAUAGAGUUGGAGAUUCCUGACCCAAACAUUGAUACAGAAGCUCUACAGGUGGCUUUUGGCUCGCUGUACAGAGAUGAUGUAUUAAUAAAACCCAGUCGAGUAGUUGCCCUUUUAGCAGCAGCCUGCAUGCUGCAGCUUGAUGACUUAAUCCAGCAAUGUGGUGAAACAAUGAAGGAAACCAUUAAUGCAGAAACUGUGUGUGGUUAUUACAAUUCAGCGGCAACAUAUGGGUUAGACUCUGUGAAGAAAAAGUAAGAAUUACUUUCUCUGAGCUGCUUUGUACAUUGCUAAUUAGAAGUGUGAAUUUAUGAAUGGUGAGAUAAUG